ACAGGCGAUUGGCUGCUGAUACCGUGCCGGGGAUACGGAAAGACCGGCUUGUACCGCUCUCAGCAUCUCAUCCCUUACUGCAGGCAAGGCGGAGACUGCAAGCAGCUCUCUUAAACAGGACCUCUCCGUCAUAAUCAGCAGAAACCAUGUCAAAGGGAACUGCAGUUGGCAUUGAUCUGGGGACAACCUACUCCUGCGUAGGUGUUUUCCAGCAUGGCAAAGUUGAGAUCAUUGCUAACGACCAGGGCAACAGGACCACACCCAGCUAUGUUGCAUUCACUGACUCAGAGCGCCUGAUUGGGGAUGCAGCAAAGAAUCAGGUUGCAAUGAACCCCACCAACACCGUGUUUGAUGCCAAGCGUUUGAUUGGCAGAAGGUAUGAAGAUCCCGUUGUUCAGUCUGACAUGAAGCAUUGGCCGUUCAGUGUCAUCAGUGAUAAUGGACGCCCUAAAGUCGAAGUUGAAUACAAAGGGGAGACCAAAAACUUCUUCCCUGAGGAGAUCUCAUCCAUGGUGUUGGUCAAGAUGAAAGAAAUUGCUGAAGCCUAUCUGGGAAAAGCUGUGACUAAUGCAGUUAUAACAGUUCCAGCUUACUUCAAUGACUCCCAACGUCAAGCCACCAAGGAUGCUGGUACAAUUUCUGGUCUAAAUGUACUGCGAAUCAUCAAUGAACCGACUGCUGCUGCUAUUGCAUACGGCUUGGACAAGAAGGUUGGUUCUGAAAGAAACGUCCUCAUCUUCGAUCUUGGUGGUGGCACUUUCGACGUCUCCAUCCUGACCAUUGAGGAUGGAAUCUUUGAGGUGAAGUCCACUGCUGGUGACACCCAUCUGGGUGGGGAAGACUUUGACAACCGCAUGGUCAACCACUUCAUCGGUGAAUUCAAGCGCAAGUACAAGAAGGACAUCAGCGACAACAAGAGAGCUGUUCGCCGUCUCCGCACCGCCUGUGAAAGAGCCAAGCGCACCCUGUCCUCCAGCACUCAGGCUAGUAUCGAAAUCGACUCCCUGUACGAGGGCAUCGAUUUCUACACCUCCAUCACCAGGGCUCGUUUUGAGGAGCUGAACGCUGACCUGUUCCGUGGCACCCUGGACCCUGUGGAGAAGUCCCUCCGCGAUGCCAAGAUGGACAAGGCCCAGAUCCAUGACAUUGUCCUGGUGGGCGGCUCUACUCGUAUCCCCAAGAUCCAGAAGCUGCUGCAGGACUUCUUCAAUGGCAAAGAGCUCAACAAGAGCAUUAACCCUGAUGAGGCUGUAGCCUAUGGAGCAGCUGUCCAGGCUGCCAUCCUGUCUGGAGACAAGUCUGAGAACGUUCAGGACCUGCUCCUGCUGGACGUGACACCUCUGUCCCUGGGAAUUGAGACUGCUGGUGGUGUCAUGACUGUCCUGAUCAAACGCAACACCACCAUUCCAACCAAGCAGACCCAGACCUUCACCACCUACUCCGAUAACCAACCUGGUGUACUCAUUCAGGUCUAUGAAGGUGAGAGAGCCAUGACUAAGGACAACAACUUGCUGGGCAAGUUUGAGCUGACUGGCAUCCCCCCUGCUCCCCGUGGCGUUCCUCAGAUCGAAGUCACCUUUGACAUUGAUGCCAAUGGAAUUCUUAAUGUCUCUGCUGUUGACAAGAGCACGGGCAAGGAAAACAAGAUCACCAUCACCAAUGACAAAGGUCGUCUCAGCAAGGAGGACAUCGAGCGCAUGGUCCAGGAUGCUGAGAAGUACAAGGCCGAGGAUGAGGUGCAGCGUGAUAAGGUGGCCUCCAAGAACUCCUUGGAGUCAUACGCCUUCAACAUGAAAUCCACUGUUGAAGAUGAGAAGUUGCAGGGCAAGCUAAGUGACGAGGACAGGCAGAAGAUUCUGGACAAGUGCAAUGAAAUUAUCAGUUGGCUGGAUAAGAAUCAGACUGCAGAGAAGGAAGAGUUUGAGCAUCAACAGCAGGAGCUGGAGAAGGUGUGCAACCCCAUCAUCACCAAGCUCUACCAGAGCGCCGGGGGCAUGCCAGGAGGAAUGCCAGGUGGGAUGCCUGGAGGCUUCCCAGGGGCUGGUGGUGCCCCCUCUGGUGGUGGGUCUUCAGGGCCAACUAUUGAGGAAGUGGAUUAAAUAUAAAUGUAACAUGGAAUCAAGAAAUAUCAAAGCCAGUGGACCCAGUUUUUACCCAAAGGCUGGUCAUUGGAUGAUCCUUAUUUAUUGACACAAAUGAUAGCUGCUAUGUUUGUUCUGAAUACUUGAAUAAAGCCGUUAAAGCUAGCUAAAGCAGGAUGCGCAGUUUGAGAUGAAUAAAAACUCAAUCUUAAAUCA